CAUAUUGAGAAACUUUUUUAAAAAAAUAACUCUCUUAUUUGACCCAAGCAGAGAACUGAGGUUAGGGAUGAGCAACCAAUUCCAUCAUGUUUCAGUUGUUCCAACACUCCAUCACUGGUCCAUUCCAUCCCAUUUUCUGUGGAUUUCUUGAAAUGACACACAAUAAGUCUACAUUUGAAUUGUAGGCUUUUUGUUUAUACUUUCAAUGUAGGAUAAGCAUUUUUUAAACAAAGCAGCCACAUUUUCAAAUGUUUUUCAGUGCAUUCAUCCAUAAAAUACACAUUCUGUACAUAUAUUUUAAUAUAAAAUAGACUGCAACCCAUAAUCCAAUGUGCAAUCCAAUUAAGUGUUGUGUUCUGAUCCACAAGCAACCUCAAGAGCAAUAGAUUGGGUCAGAGCAGAUUGCACCAAGCUUGAGAGCAGGCCCCGUUCAGAGGAGGAGGUAGCUGGGUAUACUUGGCCUGGGCAGUGGUGGACCUUGAGGUACCCAAAUUCAAUGCCUCCUUGCCUCUUCCUGUCUACAACAUAGUUGCUGCUUCCCCGAGGCUCUGAACCCAGUGCAACUGAACCAAUUGCAGUCCCCUAAAUCUGCCUCUGUCCCUGGCCUUGGAGGGCUAAGCCUGCUGUGUGGCCCCACUAGGGACUGGCUGCUUUUUUGUUUGAGUUCAGUAAUUUUGUUUUAACAAGACUCCUGCCCUGGGCUCAGAAAAAGCUCUCAUGGGUCUGCUUGAGAGGCAGAGGAGGGGGAGGUUUGGAUGGAACAUGGAGAUAAGAGUUGGUAGGUUGUAAAUGAGGCUGCUAUGUACAUUGGUGAGCAGGCACUGGGGAUGCAAGUGGGGUCAGGUUGUCAGUGGCAGAUGUACUCCCAGUUUAUUUUUAUUUUUUCUUUGGGCAAUACAAAACUACCUUUCUAUGGUAAAAUUAUGCUAAAGCCAGAUUUUAAUGAAAAAUACAAGAAAAAUUAAAACCAACUGUUAAGGCUCUCAUCCACCCAGAAAAGCAUGGUGCUCUGUGAGAACAGCAGCUGCCAUACUCAGACUCUAGCACUGAAGCUACAAGAAUGACAGACAUCUUGGAAACGGGUUCAGCUCCACUCUGCUAGUACCCUUCAUGAUUUCCUCACAAAAGCUGGCAGUGUAUUUCCCACCAUUCUCCACGUAGGUGGUCGGCUGAAUUGGCCUAUGCCAAUCAAAUGCUUUUAUUUUUGGGUGCAGUCCAACAAAUGCCAAAAAGCAUUAUGAAAGGAGUUAAUUUCCACUUGUUUUUCCCUGUGGCAUUUCUUCUGUGUAAUUAACUACGUAUGGCAAUUCAUUUCACAUGUUCAUGUUUUAGCAUUGCAGUGCUGUCACCCAAAAUGCGUGAGUCAUGAUGUGGAAAGUUGUGUGGGAUCGUGUGUGGGAUUUCUCUGUACUUCUGAAUGUUUGUGUGUGUGUGUGUGUGUGUGUGUGUGUGUAUGUAUGCAAAAAGUGUACACAAAAAUACAAAUUUCGCUUGAAAGAUGCAUGCAAAAUGUGAGUAACAGGAUGCAAUGUCACACAAAGGAUCUCUCAUUGAAUGGCAGUGAGACUGAAAGGAGGCCGAAUUAGGUGCUCUGUGCAAUACCGAGGUUGUGAAUUUCAUCCUUUGUAUCAUUGUCAGUACCCACUGAGUUUUGAAUAAAUAGAUAGUUGAGGGGAAUUUGGAAGGUUUUGCUUAGGCAAAGCCACUUUAGGAAUUUUGAGAGAUGGUAAAGCAAUGUUGUUCCAAUAUUGGGUUCAAAUAUUACUGCAAGAGAUAUUUAAGAAUGUUGGCCACAUCUUUAAUUGUCACAGCAGUUCAGGUGAAGCACCAGGAGAAACAUGUGCAGGAAUUUCAAGGGAAGACGAAAGAUGUUAUUUCUUAGGGAGAUUUCAACCAUCUCUAGCUGUAAUCAAGCUGGUAGAGUAGCUUCUGUCAUUCAUGCCCUGCUCAGACUAAAUAUUGCAUCGUUUGUGAUUUUUUGGUUGAGUCUAAUAAAGGUAUUACUGUGACUUUGGUAUUUUGAUAUGUAAGAAGGUAUAUUCAAUAAGGCUAUGUGAGGUGUAGUUUGCAUGGAUUUGCAUUAUUUUAAGUCCCGUGCCGUAAUUUCAGAUGAAAAGCAAGGGUGGGUGUGAUAGUCCAUAAGAAGAAGAAAAAACCUCCACAGUACAAAGCAUCAGUUUAAAUCAUAUAAAAUCCAAAUAUAUUUGGGGGCACAACUUAGCCUUACAUCCUUUGGGAGGGAGGUCUUGAGGCAGUAAAAUGAUAUAUAUAUAUUUCUAACAAUAUAUGCAAAGUGUUCCUUAUUCCAGAAAAAACACACAACCCACUCUAAAUUUUAUUUGGGAAUCAUUUUCACCCUAUUAUUGAUCUGAAAUCUAUAGUUUUUAAUGUCCAUCAAAGUUGUUUGGUGUAUCAAAUUUGGUUAAUGUUUGUUUUAAUAAUACUUAUAAUAUAAAAAUGACUUAUAGAACUAAGAUAGAAUACAUUUUUCUGCUGUAGAACAGGGUAUUUCCACAAUACAUUGAAAUAUUAUCACAAAUGCUGCUCUCUUAAAAGGAUGUGUGAUCAGCAAACUGACUCCUGUGCUCUGACUUGCUUGCUUAAUUAGGCUGACUUCCCUCUACCCUUUGUACAUUUUUCAUUCUUAGUGUGAAAUAGACAAUCUACAUCAUAUUCUGACCAAAAUGGUAAAUACCAACACAUAGUGUAAUCUGGAUUUCCCUGAAAUCUUAGAAGUACAAAGGCCUCAGUUGAAGAGUGACAUUUAGAUAGUGUUAUAUGGUUGGAGCAGGAAUGUGAAUGUGAAUAGUAAAGGGAAUUGAUCGGAAUUCAGAUAAUGAUGAUGCCUGUCACAUAGUAUAUUUUCUAGGGGAAAGAGAGUGGUGCACUGCUGUCAGCUAGUAUUUUGCACAAGUUAACAUAGCUGUGAUUCACAUUUUUAAAAUACACAUGCCAUUUCUGUACAUGACAUGUAAGAGAAGCAUAGGGACAAUGGACAUGGUGUAGUUUACUAGCUGUUGGUUAUUAUUUGUUUAUUUUUUGUGAGGAAAGCAAUUGCUUUCCCCAGUCCUCUGGCUGGGAAGAGUUUUAAGUGACUGCUCUUUCCUGCCUUUUUAGCAAGACCAUUAAUCAGCAGGAAUUAGCUUUCUGCAGAACCACAACUUUGACAGCUGGUUCACUAUUAUUUUCCAUUCAGCAAGUUCUCAUUCAUUCAUUCAUGAUUGGUACUCAGCCCGAGUCCCUUGGCAUCCCUUGAGACCUUCGCCAUGCCUGCAGAAUGGUAGUUUAGUAUACAAUGGAAGAGAUGCAUUGAUGUUUUCCCUGUAGACCUACAGGCUUCUGGUUGGAGCCAUAAGGAAACGAGAGAAAAAAUUAGCCUGUGUGUUUGUGUGGCUGUGCUCCAGUAAAUAUUUUGAUGCAUCUGCUGCCAGCUCUGGUCUGAGGGAAUCUACCUAGCAUUUAAAUUUUGAUGGGGAGCUGUUUUGAAUAAUAAGAGUGCAGCCGGCUGUGAGUCAGUGCAUGUGUGUGUUGACUGAAAGGGGGAGAAAAAAAUCUCAAAGCUUAACGCUUGCUGAACGCUCAGCUGCAGUGCUUUGCUUUUCCCUCCUCCUUUUUCUCCGAGUAGAUAUUCCAAACAGAUUUUUUUGGGGUGGUGGUGUUUCACUGGGAGGAGGGAGGGGAAGCAUAUUUUCUGUAACCCCUCACCCAAGUAGCAGUUACGAUGGGUGCUGUAAUGGGCACGUUCUCUUCUCUGCAAACCAAACAAAGAAGACCCUCGAGAGGUAAGUCAGGAUUGGUCUAUUUGGUGAAAUGUGCAAUUUGGGGAUAUAAGGAACCAAAGUAAGCCUUCUUCAAGCUGUCGCAGCCUGUUAACAAGAUAAAGUUGAAGAUGAAUUGGAAAUGACCACAGUAUGUUAUCGGCCAGAAGGACUAGAACAACUUGAGGCACAAACCAAUUUCACAAAGAAGGAGCUUCAAGUGCUUUACAGAGGAUUCAAAAAUGAAUGUCCUAGUGGAGCUGUUAAUGAAGAGACGUUCAAACAGAUUUAUGCACAGUUUUUCCCACAUGGGGAUGCUAGUAUGUAUGCCCAUUAUCUCUUUAAUGCAUUUGAUACAGCACAGACUGGAUCUGUGAAAUUUGAGGAUUUUGUGACGGCACUAUCCAUUCUGUUGAGAGGAACAGUUCACGAAAAGCUACGAUGGACAUUUAAUCUGUAUGACAUAAAUAAAGAUGGCUAUAUAAACAAAGAGGAAAUGAUGGAUAUAGUAAAGGCAAUUUAUGAUAUGAUGGGCAAAUACACCUACCCAGUGCUGAAAGACGAUGCUCCAAGGCAGCACGUAGAAGUUUUUUUCCAGAAAAUGGAUAAAAAUAAGGAUGGUGUCGUUACUCUGGAUGAGUUUAUUGAGUCAUGUCAGGAGGAUGACAAUAUCAUGAGAUCCUUACAGCUUUUUGAAAAUGUCAUGUAACAGCAGCUGAAGAACAGCAUAGGAAUCUGAGACUUUAUAUGUAAUGAGACCCUGAAGAAAAUGAGUCAAGAUUUUUCUCCCUGCCACCUUUUUUGAUGAAAGCUUUUUACUACUUGGACAUACUCAGCGUGCAAGGAUUUUAUAUGCCAUCGCAAACUGAGCUGUGUCUCUGAAUGCAACAAACUCCAUCUCGCCUCCCUCAAGAGACACUGAUUAGAAUUUAUUUCAUUUGGAAGCAUGCUAAUAAAACCUGACCAGAGAGACCUGCUGCUUAAAGUUUAAUGAAUUAUUGAAGUCUAAAUGAUUAAAACAAUAUUCAAGUUUCUGUUAGCUAAUCACAAAAGUUCUGCUGCUUUUGCUCUAGCAAGCUGGAUUGCAUAUGGUACCACAGCAUCAAUAGAUUGCUAAACAUCUGUUGUAAGCAGAAACUCUUUUUGUAUCAUCACAGGACAAACAGUUGUGCUUAUAUUUUGCUUUGACAGUGAGAUAUGCGCUAGAAAAACUCAUGCUAGUUUUACAAAUGGACACAAAUCUAACAUGUUAAAUGGCCAGCAAGAUUAAUUUAGGUCCUGUCUAGAUGAUCAGUUUGUGGUCAACAGAAGCAAAAGAAAUGUUUCCUGUUCAGAGACACAUACUGCAUUUCCCCAGAACUUAAAAAGGCAACAGAUUGCUGCUAGGGAAAUGAUUUAUUUCCCCCACUGGCAAAACUGUUGUAAGCUGGAGGGCUUUCAGCAGUUGGCUGUUUCCUAGUGUCCAUGGUAUUAAUAAUAACAAGUGAUGCAACUCCAUCCUCACCACAUAGCCAUUUGAUACUGCAACUCUAACACCAAUGCUCUGCCUGCAAAGAGGGGACUCGCUGAGAGCUGGAACUGACACUUCCUAAGACAAAGCUUGGGGAAGCCUCUUGUCAGGUUUUACCACCAACACCUCCAUAGCAAGUCUUCCCACUUUGCCACAAGGUAGGACUCCAAAUCAGCUAUGCUAGUGGAGGCUGAUGAGUGUUGUAGUCUAAAAUAUCUGGUGGGCACCAGGUUAGGGAAAGCUGCUUCGGAUGAACUUGCUGAUGUGGGAAGAAGGCAAAAGGCAAAGGGCGUGUGCAUGGACACGUAUUUGCCUUGGAACUGCCAGUUGUUAUGUGAGCCCCCCCUCCUCCUUCAGGCUGUGUUCUCUCUUCCACGCAAUAGGACACAAAUUAUCCAGCAUGGGAACAGUACCAGCAAUGCCACUUCUACAACUGCCCACUCCCAUUACUGUAAUAUAUAUGGAUUGUUUUGUGCUCUACUGCCUCUGGACUGAGAUUUGAAGGAUUAUUUCACUAUGCCAAGAAUGCAGUUGGGGUGUGCUUGCAGCUGAUUGUCUUGACAUGCCCAACACAUAACUUACUUCCCUUCUGUUCUUAAAAACUCAUACUUGAGUCCCCUGCUGUCGCUUUGACUGACUCCAGUGAAGUUUCUCAUUGUGCAUACAAGUGAAUGAAAUUCCUCAUAGUUCAUUUGAGUCGAGAGAAUCAGAUAAAAGCAGAGUUUACUUUUGCAGGCAAAAUCUGAAGCAUAAUCUACAAAAUAGUCUAAGCUUUGAUAAGUUUUCCCCUUGCUUUCAUCAGUUUGAAAGGUGCACAGUCCAAGGCCAAAGCUUCAAUGGCGUUUCAAAGGGCUGGAAUAUUAAAAGUCAUAAGUUUUUUCCCAUUCAUUCUCCCUAGUGCAUACUGCAGUGAAAUGUGGGAUGAACAGACAGUGCUGGAUAUUGUUUUGUACUGUAUUGAUUUAAUAUGGAGUGCUAACAGCCUACCAAGUAGUCCCUACCCACCACUCAGGCAAAGCCCCACUGAAAUGAACUGAGAUCAUGCACCAUUUCCCUGUGUGUUGUGCCUAGAGUUUUCAAGCACAAAAGCAAGCACGAUGCUCUGUAUGCACUAAAACAUACACCAUUUGACCAUUUAAAGCAGCUUUGAAGUAAAUUAUUUUCCAGUAUAAAAUAAUUGAAAACCACAAGGCUGGAGUCCUGAGCCAAUAUGAAGCACACAUUGAUUUCACUGAGGCUGGGAGCACCAGCUUGCAAAACAACGAGGUUGUUUAAGAGCAAGAUAAAGAGCAGGAGGAUUUUGAAGUAUUUUAAACCACUUUAAUGGUUUUGGUCAAAGCAUACAUUUUUAGUGGGGGUGGGGAGUUUUUUUUUGGGGGGGGUGGAAUCUGAAAUAUCUAUUGGAAGAAAACGACAAUAGUUGUAAAGUAAAAUUUUAUGGUGACUAUUUCAAGAUUUUACAGUAUUUCCAAUUAUACACACCAUUCAUAUUAUAUGUCCCAAAUCCAGCUAAAGUUAUCUGUGUGAUGUAAGGCACAAUCAUAUGUAUUUUUUCAUGGGAAUAAGCCCAUUGAGUUCCAGUGGAGUUGAGUCUGAUAUAACGUGUUUAGGAUUGCAGCCUAAGGUGACAAUCCUGAACAACUUGCUUGGAAAUAAAUUCUGCUGAGACCAUUGGACCUUACUCCCAAGUAAACCUGGUUAAGAUUUAAGCCCCACUGCCUUCAGUAUCACUUAGUCAUGGCUAACUUUACCUGGACUGGGGUAAGAACAGUUUCUCCACACAACUGUAAACAUUUGGUUUGGUAGGAAGUUGCAGUCACUGCCUGUGCCUUCUACAAGCCCAAAGAGCUGCUGCCAGUACAUUUAGUACAAGAGGAAUACACUCCAGAACAUGAGGAUAUUUUGCUUGGGAUAGGAUCCAACUGUUUGGUAUCAUGUAUAACCCUAGCUGGGUAAUCAGUACUGAAAGAAAUAACAGAAAAUUAAUCUCCGUAGUUACACAAGAGCUAGUUCUUAAUUUAAGUCCCCAUUUUAGAAAAAUAAGAUGCAUGUUUUAACUAAUUACUAAAUUAGUAAAUUUAGAGAUUAGUGCCAGGACCUUGUUUGGCUGUCUGCAAGUGCCACAUGUUCUGAUUUGCCUAGAAAAGUUCAUAGCCUAGACAAAUGACUGGCUGUGAACAGAAGAAAUAAGGAAGGGCAGGAAUGUAUUGGGUUACACUGCACACUCUGUGACCAUCAGAUUUCCAGGAAAGUGUUACAGAUAUAUUUUAGAAACAGAUUACAUGUUGUUGGCAAUGGAAUAUAUUUUAAAUAUGACACCCAUAGUUUUAUAUUUUAUAAAUCACAUUAACCGUAACGCCUAAACUUAUAUAGAAAUCAAUAUAGCUAGUGUAACUGGAUUUGUGAUGUGACAGGUUUGUUCACAAUAAGAUACUGUCCUUUAUGGAAAACCCAGCCUCCACUGACUCUUCAUUACCUGAUUGUUCCUUCUAAAGCCUCUGUUGCUUUUAAGUCCUUGCUCUCCAUUCCUUAAAAGAUCCAGUGGUUUGUAUUCUAAAUCCUGAUCCCUGUAAAUGUGCAUCCCUAGUUUGAUGGGGAGCUUCGUGUGCAAUGUGGUGCUGGUUCCCCUCAAAAAAGCCAGGGCCUUUUUUACAAGCUAAAAUCCUGGCAACCAGUCCCCUUGCUUUAUCUUCCUUGUCAACCAAACUCUCCCCCCCAUCAUUUUUAAAAAGGAUCUAUGCAUGAAACACUGACUGAUUUGCCCACUCUCCACUAGAUGGGAGUAACUCAUAGUGUUUUCCAUUUUAUGAUGUGGAAGAGAAUGUAGGUUUUGGAAUAUGGGGAAAACUCAAGUUACAUCUUCUGAACUUCCGCUUUAAUUAUUAUUUAUUAUUGUUGCAGGGUAAAGUAAAUCUCCUGAUCCUCUUUUCCCAGGAUGGAUACCAUGUGGUCAUCCCAGAUGUUGUUGGACUGCAGCUCCCAUAAUUCCUGACCAUUAGCCAUCCUGGCCAGGACUGAUAGAAGCUGGAAUCCAACAGUAUCUGGAGAACCACAUGUUUCCAUCCCUUCUCUACUCCAGUUCCCUAGUUCCCUAUUCUAAAAUGGGGUGUACGAAUGACCAAAAUAUCAUAUAACAUCUUUUUAUAGCAGGUUUUCCUCAGAUGUUUUGAAUGGGGGAUUUUCUCGCAAAGCCAAUUUCAGCUUCAGAAAAAGGGCUUUCCUUAGGACCAUGGUAGAGGAGGAAAGAGUUUAACUCCCCCCCCCCCAUUACCUGCUACAACCUCAAUAGUUCUCUGCUUCUCCCAGCUGGUGCUAUUUGCAUUUCAAUAAACUUGUGUGUUACAUGCAAAAAUGCAAAAGAUGUCAAAUCCACUUUUGCCCCAAGACCAACUUCAAAACUUACUGUACCUAUGAAGCAUCCCAGCUAGCUGGCAGCCAUUUCACAAGCCGAUAAAUGCACAGCACCAGCUUGCACAGCUCUCUCUCUUUGUGUGUGUAAAAGUCUGAGGAUUGAGGCACUAAUUCAACUGUGACAUUUUUAAAAGAACUAAGCGGGCAUCUUAGUUUUCCUCUUAAAACUGCUUCUGGGAGACUGAUUCUACCUACUUCAGCACCUCCCUCCAUGGAUCCUCGCUUACCACCCAAAUUAGGGGUACUGCAAUCCCCCAAAUUUGAAAAUUAUACUGAUUGAAUGAUAAAAAAUAAGUCUAAAUCUGUAAACAAUAGUAGUUCAGCUAAGUCUACACCCACCACACACACACACACAAUAUAAAUUAAACCUUGUGUUAUUUGUGCUUACCACCUUCUUAGUCCACUUUAAGCAUUUGAUAAAGUAAACUAAGGUUUGUGGGAGCUCAAGACAUUAUUAGGCUACUUGAAGCACAAUGCUAUGCAUGUUUCCUCAGAAUCAGGGCUGUCUUUAGCAUAUGUGGCACCGGGGUGCAAAAAACGGGGGGGGGGGGACAGGCCAAAGUUGUUGAGCUUUUGAGGAGGCACACAACUCUCCCAUGCUGCUGCGGGAGGAGAGCAAUCCCUACAGAGGCUUGGGAGGGAAGCUGCGCACCUUGUGUGAGCAGUGUGCGCAUGCUGGGUGGGCCUAUUGACGGCCCACCAAUCCCAGGCAGGCAGGAGGUCUCAGUGCCCACAGCAGAAAAGCCUGCAGCACUCCGAUGGGCUCUGCUCUGCUCGGCUGUCAGCUGGCCUGGCUCUUCAAUCCCAGACUCCAAAUCUCAGCCACAGACUCUUGGCCUGGCGCCCCUGAGAGCCCGGCGCCCGGGUGCCCCGCACCCUUAGCGCCUAUGGGUAAGCAGGCCCUUCUCAGAAUUAAGUCCCAUUGUGUUCAGUGGGACAUUCUCUGGGAUGAGUGUGCACAGGAUUGCAGUCGUUAGCGCAUAUGCUUUUUCAUGCACUGGAACUAAUGCUAUAAAAUGCAAGUUAAUGUGUGUAUCCAGCAAAAAUGAGGACAAUGUUGAACUUUGACAGAAGCACUAGGAAUGAGGCUGUGGUGUCCUUUCCUUUCCCUUCCCUGCUGUGAUCAGUCUAUUAGCACUACCACAGUGUUUCUCCUGGCUAAAAAUUAACCCAAUCCAACCCCAAAUACAGUAUUUUGCCAAUUAAGUUAAUUUGUUCAGUUUUGUUAGCCUGUUCAACAUAUUAUGCCACAAGGAAGCUCUUGCAAGUCAAAGGGAGCUGCCAUGGAUAGAGGUUACAUGAGGCAUAGCCACCCAAUAGCACAGUGGUUCUGCUCCUUCUCCUCUUGACAUCAGUGGUAAAAACUCAGUGACUCCAGUAGACCUUUGUGGGACAAAAUUGAUGGUUCAAAUGGAGUAAAUGCAAUUUACACUACAUCUGCAAUUAAGGUUACUAGUGGCCAUGGUAGCAGGAACUUACCAUGUUGCAUUUUUUUUCUUUUUUUUAAAGGUAUACUGUAAAAAGAGACUGAAGCCAUUCUCUCCCUUGUUACUAUUGCUUAACUGUGAUGAUGCCAGGGUCCUUAAUAACCCAGUCUUGUUUGUUAGCUUGUUUUUCAUCUGAACCCUUUUAUUGUGUUGAAGAAGGUCUCACCCAUGGACUGAACCUGUGAAUAGAGCAUGCAGCCUGACUAUUAAGUAAAGAAAACAGAAAAAAGUAUCAUUCGUGGUAAUGCCAUUUAUUAUCAGGAAAUAGGCUCACGGGAAUGAGUGCAAUUCAGCCAAAAGUAUGCAGUACAUCAGAGGAGGAAAAAGCCAGGCAUCGGCUUAAAACUAUUACUGAACUCCAUGUUCAAAAGUGCUUUAAAAAAGCUUAACUUGGUCUGGAUCAUCCCUAUCUUUGCAAACAUUCUGGAGCUCAAUAGCCUGAUCAUUUUUCAUAAUUGCAAUAUUCAUGGCAAAGACUUGAUAAUAAGAGAAAAUACUGUGAUAAAUUGGUUUUGCAUCAUCCUGAAUUUUACCAGCAUUCUGUCGAAUGUAGUUAUUGGGCUGGGUUCCUAAGUUUUAAAAUGUCAAUGUUCUCCACUGUACAAAUCUACUCAUAACUGUAGUUGUUUCAGCAAUGUCCAAAAUGUUUGUCUGACCAAUAGUUAAGAGUUAUUACAAUUGUGUCAAUUUUCCAAAUGUUGUUUAUAUGCAUUUAAGGCAGCAGUUCAUUAAAAAACCAGAAAGGACAAUUAUGAUGAUGAUGCAAAAAAUAAAAUAAAUCAAUGUAUCUGUUGAUGUUAGUUUUCCUGUUACUCAUGGCAAUUCUAUGAGUAACCCUGAAUAAUGCUGAUUGUAAGAUUUCACAGGUAAUUUACUAAAUGUUCCAUUGGAAUAACAGAUUAAUGGCAUCCCUGAAAGUUUGUCAUGCUAUAAACAAACAAACAAAACCAUCUCUAACUUGUUGACAUAAGAAAUGUGAUUCAUAAGAGUGCAGUGGUGUUACAGCUUUUUCCUUCCAUAGCUUUUAAGCACAUCAGAAAAUUAACAAAAUUUCAUGGUAAGUAAAGCCAUUCUGUUGAAGCAGCAAUGCAUAGCUUCACUUUCACAAAUAUUAUGAUCAAACAGCAAUUUGUAUAAUAUUUUGUUGAACAUUUUCAAAGAUUUUGGUUUUAAUAAUAAAAAUAUAAUAUGUACAUAAGGUGAUGCACACGUCUAUUUUUGUGGAUAAUCAGGCCUGACUUCGCUUGAAAAAUGGGGGCAAGACCACAGCAAUCUCUUCUGGGAAACUGGAGCUACUCAGAUGCUCACUGGGCAAGGAUGACACUGCAGGGAUGAACCACAGAAUUUAAUGCAGUGGAAAGCCUGUGAGGCCAAGUAGGCUGGUGUCUGACUACAUGAUUCCAUGAGAGAGGAGUAGUACUACUAGAAAUCUAGACAUGGGUAGUGUUAGGACACCGACAAGUCAGUGCACUGAAGAGCAGCAGUCAGGGCCAGAUGCAGCCAAGGUACGCAAUCCAGGUCAAAGCCAGCAGUCAGGGUCAGAUAAAGCCGAAGUACACAGUCCAGGUCAAAGCCCGCAGUCAGGUUCA